UGGAGCUGCGUCCAAGUCCCCGGGGGCGGGCCGCAGGCGGCCGCCUCUCCGCGAUUGGUGAAGCUUCCAGAGGCCCCGCCUUCAGAGGCCGCGCCCCGCGCGUCAUAGGCCAGCCUCGGGGAUUAUGCAAAACACUCGCCUCCCCGCCCCGCGCCCGGAUUGGAGACCUUUGUUUGCCGCUCAACUCCAGGAAACCACCCGCGCGCUGCGGCGGCCGGCAGGCCUCAGGCAGGAUGGCUGGUUCUGAGAGGAGCCGGCAGUGACUCUGUGCCCACAGUGGCAGCUCCAGCUCCUGAAGAUGAAGUGGCCCAGGUGACGCGCAGGCCAGGCACAAUGGCCAGCUCCCGAAUGGCGGUCCACUGGGCUGAGCCAGGCCUGGGCAAGGGGCCCCAGCGGCAGCGCUGGGCCUGGGCUGAAGAAGAAAACGGUGCUGAUGGGAGCGGCACAUGCAGCUGGGGAGCAGAGGGGCCCUUUCCCAAAGCUCUCAGCCCUGAGCUCCUGGAGGACUUCCGCCUGACCCAGCAGCACCUGCAGCCCCUGCAGUGGGACCCAGACCCGCAGCCGAAUGGGCUCCAGGCUUCUGAAUCAGGAGAGUCUGCGGGAGAGGAGUUUGAAACAGAGGAUGUGGACAGCCCAGAAAGUUCCAACUUUCCUCUCAACUGGCUUCCCAGGCAGGAUCCUCCACUGGACAUGACUGAAGAGGAGCCAGAUGAGGCCCUUGGGGGUCGUGAGGUUGACGAAGCUGUAGAGAACUCCCCAAGGUUGGAGCAUGAGACUUGUCUCAGCUCAGGUGGUAAUGGGAACACCAGUCCCGUGGCUCUGGAGUGGGGUCAGCCCACAAGCUGGGUGGCCUCUGGAACACAAGCCAGUGGAGACAAACUUCCAGAACAUUCGGAGGUCAACCCAACUGUUGACCUCAGUUCUGCAAGGUCCUGGAGCAGUGGGACUGUGAGCCUUGACCACCCCAGUGACAGCCUUGAUUUUACCUGGGAAGGAGAGACCAAUGUCACCCAGCCUGCUGCCCUGGCAGAAACUCUACCACAGAGCCCCAGCCACCACCUCCUAACCCCAAAUGCCAGAGCUAGAGGAAGCAUUGCUCUGGCAACCCCCACGGAAUUCCAGGACUCCUCAGCACCCUCAGCCCAGACCCUCCAGUGUCCUGCAGAGAGAUGGAGGAGAGAUACUACCAGCGUCUCCUGCCCUCAGCCCAGGGACCCAGCCUGGAAGCGGACACGGACAUCACCUAAGCCACUCCCUUCCAGAUUCACUGGCUCCAUCAGCCCACCGAAUCCUCCACCUAGGCUAGCCCGGCAGGACAAGCUGCUGUCUGGACAGGGAGCCACUCUUGCCGGCCACUCUUCCUCUGAUGCCCCCAAGUACGGCCGGGGGCAGUUGAACUACCCGCUUCCUGAUUUCUCCAAGGUGGGACCCCGGGUUAGGUUCCCUAAAGAUGAGAGCUACCGCCCCCCAAAGGCCAGGCGCUUGAGAAGGCAGCCUCAGGACCUUGCCAGGCCGCUGAUCUUCAAAUCACCUGCUGAGAUAGUGCAAGAGGUGCUACUGAGCAGCAGAGAAGCCUGCCUGGAAAAGGACCCACUCCCUUCCCACCCCAUCACCAGUGUGCCCCAAGAAUUUCAGACACCUGAACAAGCCACCAAGCUGGUCCAUCAGCUCCAGGAGGACUACCACAAGCUCCUCACCAAGUAUGCUGAGGCCGAGAACACCAUCGACCAGCUGCGCCUUGGGGCUAAGGUGAACCUGUACUCGGACCCACCCCAGCCCAGCCACAGCAUCUACAGGGGGUCGGUACCCCAGGGGACCAAGGUCUUGUCCUUCACCAUCCCACAGCCCCACUCGGUGGAGCGGUGGCCAGGCCCCAGUGAGGCCUCAGGGUGGCCCUCAGCUCGAGGAGACCUGAGCCCCUCCUCGCCCAGCAGUGUGCCCACCCCGGGGUGGCUUCCGGAGAACCCAAGCAACGCCCAGGAUCAGCCGACAGUGGAGCAAACCCAGAUGCUGGCUUCUUGGGCCAGCCGGUUCCUGGCCAAGGUGGAGUCCUUCGUAGGACUAAUGCAGACUGGACAACUGACACCCCAGGACCAACUCAAGGGCUUCCAGAAGCUAAAGGCUGCCCACACAGCCCUGGAGGAGGAGUAUCUGAAGGCCUGCAGGGAGCAGCACCUGGCCCAGCAGCUUGUGGGCUCCAGGGGGAUCCCUGGGAAGUUUGAUCCUGGCAGGAAGCUGGAGGCGGAGAUAUUCCAGCUGGGAAUUCGCCUAGAAGAGCUGAAGGACCACCUAGACGGGAGCCAGCAGGAGCCUGAGCCAGCCGGGUCGGACUCGGCCCAGGACAGCCCCCCAGCCAGGGCCUCCCCCCACCAGCCGGCGUGCCUGCCCCCUCCUUCGGGACAGGCCCCCACACCGGCCACCCCGACCCUCUGCCCUGAGCUUGAUGCUACCAGCGUUGACCCCUGCCCAUUGCAUGUGAACGUGGAGCUGAACGCUUCUAACAGUGAGGUGGAAGACAGGCCACUGGGCCUUCCAGCCCCACUCAGGUGCAAGGAGCUGCAGGUGGAGCAAGAUUUCCAUGGCCUCCUGGAGCGGUACCUCAGUGUGAAAUCCCUUCCAGAAGCCAUGAGGAUGGAGGAGGAGGGGGAGGAGGGCCAGGGCUGUACUCUGGAAGUUGACGGGCCAGUUCCGGGGAAAGCAGAGGCCCCCGCACUCCCCACAAGGCAGCUUCCAGCACAGGCUGAGAGAAGCCGCAGGGCACCUCACAGGGAGACCAUGGAGCAGAUGGUGUCUGUGAAGCCAGCGGGCUCCCAUGCAUCUGCGGCCACAGGCGGGCACCUGGAGGGCUUGGGAAAAGCUGAGGCAGCUGCUCGAGGCCCUAGCAGGCAACCCCACCCUCUGAGCACCAAGUCUGCAGUGUCCCACCAGAGCAGUCUGACCAGCCUGGAGGGAAGCAGCAUCUCUGAGCGCCUUCCACGGAAAUCUCUGCACCAAGCUGGCGGACCGCCCCUGGAGGAGCCCUGGAUGGCAUCCCCGGAGACAGACAGUGGCUUUGUGGGCUCAGAAGCCAGCAGAGUGUCGCCCCUCACCCAGACCCCAGAGCACCGGCUCUCCCACACCAGCACCCCAGGUACGUUAGCCCAGCCCUCCACUGCGCCUGUGCCCCAGGAUGCAGCCUCCCAUCCACAGACCCGAGAUCCUCUGGUCCCCAGAAGAGCCUCUGAGUCCAGCACACCCAGGAGACGAGCCCAGAGGCACCCCUGCACCCAGGACAGUCCUCUCCAGCAGAGGGCACCCAGCUUCCGCCUGGAGCGGGCGCUGACGGCCAAGAUGGCCAUCCCUGGUUCAGAGUUUGAGGGCCGAAAGCGGAUUUCUGAACAGCAUCCCCUGAGCUCGACAAUCAACCUGUCCCCCACCUCGGCCCCUGCUGCUGCUCCUCUGCCCCACGGGCCAGCACCCACCACCCCCACCCUCCUCCUCACCAGGACAGGGCGAGACCAGGCCAUCCGCGAGCUGCAAGAGGAGGUCUCCCGGCUCCGCCUGAGGCUGGAGGACAGCCUGCACCAGCCACCCCAGGGCGGCCUGACGCGCCAAGCAUCCACCUUCAACCGCCCCGCCCGUGCCCGGGACCGGCCAGUGGAUGCGUCCUCUGCCUGGGGCUCCCACUAUGGCAGUAAAUCCACGGAGAGAUUGUCUGGUGAGCCUGGAGGUGCAGAGCAAGCGGUCCCCACAGGAAGGCGGCGAGCCAGGUCCUCCUCAGUGCCUCGGGAGGUGCCCCAACUGUCCCUGAGUUCUGAAUCUGAGCCACCCUCCCCCCGGCAGUUCUCUGAGAAGAGCAGGACCGCUGAGGACAGACCACAGGCAGCUCGGGACAGAACGAGAGGAGUGGGCAGCACCAGGCAGCCAGACAGGGUCACCUUCCGGGCCCAGUACACAGGCCAAGAGUACCAUGUUCUGACCCCCAAGACUGUCCCAAGAGGCAGCGGCACAGUCUCCUGUCCCCACUGCCAACCUGCUAGGACCCAGCACGCAGGUGGUGCUGUGCCCGGGGAUCCGCCGGGACCAUCUCCCUCUAAUACCCUGCAAUGUCCUCUGUGUGGUCAAGUUGGGUCCCCCCAAGAGGGGGAUGGCCCGGACUCAGCCGCCUCUGGGCCAGAAAAGGCUGCCACGAGGAGAAAUGCACCUUCAGCUUCAAGCCCCAAGCAGAGGAGCAAGCCGGGGGGGUCUCCACCCUGGCCGCCCCAUGGACUGUGGUAUUUGGCUGCUGCGCCCUCAGUACCAGCUGCUCCUGCCUUUGCCUACGUCUCCUCGAUUCCUGUCCUGCCUUAUCCAUCAGCCACUGUGUACUAUGCACCCCCAGGACCUACCUCAACCCCCUCAGCCCAGCCAGCUGCCGAGUGGCCCCUCACAGCCUCCCGGCCAGCCAGGAGGCACCGGCACUCCAUCCAGCUGGACUUGGAAGGCCUGGAGGAGCUCAACAAGGCCCUGAGCCGAGCCGUGCAGGCCGCCGAGAGCGUCCGCUCCACCACCCGGCACAUGAGCCGCUCCCUGUCAGCCGACCUGCGCCAGGCCCACAGCCUGCGGGGUUCCUGCCUCUUCUGACUUUCACUUGAGGCUCAGAGACAGAUGUUGGGCAGGGGGCCUGGUGGCCCACUGCUGUCCCCCAGGUCCCAGAGACCCCUCACAAGGAGGUCUCCCUCCAGCAUAGGCCCUGCCUGCUCAGCCUCGGUAUUUUCAAAACGAGAGGGGCAUUGGCCUGGCCAAGAGCAGUAACUUCCCAGGAGACCUGCCCUUGAAGGAGAUGCUGGGCCCAAGGCCACCUUCUGUGCAGGUGCCAUCUCUAGGCAUCUCCUAGUCCUGUACUUGUCCACCUCCAGCUAAUAAUAUGUAUUUCAUAUACAGAUGGACAGAUACUUCUUUAAACUAAGUUUUCCAAUUCUUGGAUCCUCCUUAGGAGGCCAUAUAAGAAGGGACAGGGCCAGGGUCUCUGGCGCAAACCCGUCCACCCACCUGUGGCCAGCCUCAGGAGUAGGCGUCUUGGAGGGCCAUUGCUAAGUACCUUCCUCCAGGUGACUGGGGUUAGCAGAGCACUCCGGGACCACUGAGCUAUCUUAGGAUUUGGGGCCCCGGGAUGACUUUGGCCCAGCUUCUCCCUGGCAGGAGAGGCUUUUCCCAUGGGCCUGCUGGGCUGGAGACAUCCCAGAGAGGGUCCAGGAAGCUGUCCACCCUGGUCCCUCUCAGUACCUCAUCCAAUGACCCCCAGCUCUCUCCCUGGAACCCCCAGGGUGGUAGCCAGUGGCCAGCUACCUGCCAGGUUAUAGUCGACGGCCGUGAGGCCAGGCCAUCUCCCACUCCCCAACCCUGUAGCAGUGCAUACCUCAGCUUUUUUGGAAUGUGUGUGCAUCAGUGAGAUGUGUAUAUUUGAGGCAUUAAAAAAUCUAUUUUCGUUAUAAGAGCAAA